CAACCAGCUGGAGGUCUUGCGCUUGCAAACGCUAACCAAUAUUCUUAGCAACACACACGAACACCUUUUACUAAAGACACGCGGGGGCACAAUGUGCAAAUUCACCAAUCGUCUCUUUGUCUUCACGCUGCUGGCGCUGGUGAUGUUGAUGGCGUCGGUGGAUGCAGCAGCCAUGCGGGCACAACACAGAAGCGCUGCAGAACCGAAAUUUUUGGAUCUACUGUCUUUGAGCGACGACAACAACAACUACGAUCUGCAUUACGACCAACGACAGAAGGGCGAGGAGAAUUUGCAUGUGCGCAUGAAUGGUAUCUUUAUCGAAAUGGCAGAUGACGAAGAUAAAUCGGAUGAUAUUGACGAAUUGAAAGAACUGCUACUCUAUGCCAUAAUGUUUGGUGGCAGCGAAGAAAUGUUUAAGCAACUGCUCGACAACAAAAUAUCUGCCACAUCAGUUUUGAAUGAGAACAAGUUGGAAACGGAUCGGCAUGCCGGUGGUCAACCGAGCGACGAAGUGGAAGUGACCACCAAGCCCAAAAUAGAGGGCAGAAAUGUGGACCCGCAUAAGGGUAGUGGUUUGCUGGGUGUUAAACGUGAGCCGGAGACAAAUCGUGUGGGAUUGAUCACAAAGCAACACUUUAACACUUUACUGAGCCUGCUGAAGCGCAUGCGACGCAAUUGAGCGUUGGAAAAUUUCUCAAAAGGAAAAAAGAAGUGAUGCUUUCAAUGAAUUUUUAUUACUCCCAACAGAAGCAUAUAUUUAUAUGUUUGAUAUGUAGCUAUAUGCAAAUGUGAAAAGGAAGAG